GUUCAAGUAUAGUGUUGGUUAUUUAAAAUGGAGACCAACCCUAUUCAAGUGGUUGUUUUAGGGCCUCCAGAUGCGGGAAAAACCUGUAUUAUAAAACGUUAUGUUGAAAAUUCUUUCAACGAUAACGUAGCAGUAACCUUAGGAUGUGAUCUCUACACUUGUGAACUUGUCAUAAAUGAUUUCAUCCUCAAAUUACACAUAUGGGUUACCGCCGGUCAAGAACGUUUCUACUCCAUAGUUCCUCUGCAUUACCGCGAUACGAAGGUCGUCCUAUUCGUUUUUGACAUCACUUCACAGGAGAGUUUUAAAAGCAUGCAGAAUUGGGUUGAAGAAGUGAACAAUAGAGUUUCUCCGAUGGUCUUAUGUGUAAGCAAGCCCAUCACUACGCUGAAAGUAUAGGUGCUUCUUACUACGAAUGUUCUGCGAAGAAAGGUAGGGGAAUUAGAGAAGUGUUUGAUGAUGUAGCUCGUCAUUUCAUUAGUCCACUUGGAAACAGAACUGG